AUGCUGAAAGGUGCAGAUGAUGUUGUUAUGGAGCAGCAGGGCUCUGCUUCCCGACAUGGAGAAAUGACAAGUUGGGAUAUCAAUGACAUCAAACUUCCCCAGGACAUAAGACAGAUAGACUGGUUUCAAGAAUGGCCAGAUUCCUAUGUAAAACAUAUAUACAGCUCGGAGGAUAAAAAUGCUCAGAGGCACCACAGCAGCUGGGCAAUGAGAAACACCAACAACCACAAUUCUCGCAUCUUAAAGAAGUCCUGCCUCGGAGUGGUGGUCUGCAGCAAUGACUGCUCCACUUUGGAUGGGAGGAAGAUCUACCUAAGACCAGCCAUAUGUGAUAAAGCUCGGCAAAAACAGCAGCGGAAGUGCUGUCCAAACUGCAACGGACCUCUGCGGCUCCUUUCCUGCCGAGGCCACGGUGGCUACCCCGUUACCAACUUCUGGAGACAUGAAGGCCAGUUCAUCUUUUUUCAGUCCAAAGGAGCUCAUGACCAUCCACGUCCAGAAACAAAAUUAGAAGCAGAAGCAAGAAGGUCAGUCCAAAAAUCACAGACAGCUUUUUCUCCAUCUUCUUCAAGAUUGAAAAGAAGCCGUGAGAUUGAGUCUCUGACAGGUCCCAUGCCUACAAGGGAGGCCUUGCCUUUGCUUCUUUCCAAGCCAGAUGCUUACACGCUGCCUACUAAUUCUGGGGGCCGUUUAAACAAAAGUUCCUGGGAGCCAGCGCUGGGCAGCUGCUCUGAGCAGCCGCCAUACGCGAGGGCAGCCAGGGAGGAUGGGGACUCUGAAGAGGUGCGGACUUGGAGCGGGACGUCGGCAUUCGGGAGGAUCCCCAGCACUAGGAGUACCUGCAGCGGCCCUGCCAUUCCUCACUUCCUGCCCAUGGCAGGGGGUGGCCAUGAUGCCUUUGGGCCUAACGCCGGCCCCUUGGGGGAUGACUCCUGUGAGGAGAAAUUCCAGCUGGGCCACAGCAGCAGCUGCCUCCCGCUGUCUGUGUGCCCUGUCCCUCAGGAGGGCCCGUGGCCCAUGGUGAGUGAGGCAACCCCUCACCACCAGCGCCCAGUACCCCUAAAGGCAGCCGAAGGAGGCAGGAACCAGGGCAGGUGCUGCACCGACUGCAAAUGCUGCAACGACAAUGUGAUUUUUAACCUGUACCCAUUACGGUGA